AUAUUGUAGAUUUACAGGAAAGGAGAAUUAAACAUUAUAUUUUAACAUAUUUUUGUUAAUUCUGGACCUUCAAGUGACAGUAGAAAAGGGACAGGAAAUUAAAGUAGGCAGAGAUGGGAAAUGAGAUACAACAAAUAUUCACAGUGGUAAACUGUGGCAAGAAUACAGAAGAAAUAACGGCAGCCAUGUCUGCAGGUUCAAAGAUCAUAAUCAUGUUAACAUUAGAGACAGAUUUACGUGGCCCGUGUUUGCUUGCAGUAAAUGAUUUAUGGGGGGAGGAGAAAGGGUGGGAGGUGGAGGAGCAACAGCAGGAUAGUUGAAAGACAACAACUGACAUGACUUUCCUCCAAGUCUCUUUUUUGUAUUUCUUUGUUUUUCACUGAAGACUCCUCUUUACUCUCCUUAACAAACUGGAGCUGGAAGACAAGCAAUUCAGAGAAAAGGAAGUCCGCUCAUCAGGCUGCACUUUCACGCAGGUCUGCCUGAAGCAACAAGCUGGGAGUUUGUCAAACAUGAAAGUCAGAUGUAACUGAAGGACUCACAGCCAAACUGCCCAGAGAAUCCAGUGGAUUAUAUGUUAGACCACCAGCUCCUGUGUUUAUCGAUGGCAUUAUUUGUAUGGGAUUGCUUGUUCUGUUUGCUCCCAUCACUGUUACUUCUGCUGCUGUCUCUGGCUCUCCGCUGGCCCAGGGUAUGUUUCUGGGUGAACCUGGCUGUUAAGGCUGCAGGCUGGAGACUCUGGGUCCUUAUCUGCUUAAUCCUAGAGCUGCCACUAGACAGAAAUACAAGAACUUGGAUGAAGGAGGCUGGAUCACCGGGGACAGAUGUUUCGUCUGGGUCAGUUCAGGCCUUGGAUAGUCCCAGACUCAUCUGCAAACCCACUGCACUGGCCAAAUACCUGCUCCGGCACUGUGGCUCUCUGGCCAGGCAAAGACUGGCCUCCUGGCCCAGAGGAGACCCGCACCUCCAGACUCUGUCCAGCAUGCUGUGUGGACAACAUGGAGACACGUUACAGUUCACUAGAGACCAUCUGUUGCUGAGAGAUGGGGGUACUGUAGCUCUGGACUGGGCUGUGGGAACAAGACUGAACGAAGCAGUCGAAAGGAAGAAGCGGGAGGGAAAUAAUGAGCACCAGACAGGAGGAAAGGCGCUGGGCUGUUUCACAGCAAUGCCUCCUGUCCUUAUCGUCAUCCCUCAGUACUGGGGAGGAAUGACCCCCCACUUGAAGGUGCUGUGCCAUCAGGCCAUGCGUCAAGGCUUUUAUGUGGUGGUGUUUCAUGCUCGAGGUACAGCGGGGUGUCCGCUGACCACAACACGACUGACUGAGUUUGGAGACCCAGCUGAUCUUGAGCAGGCGGUGUUUUAUGUCCACAGCCGCCACCCGUCCUCUGCGCUGGUUGCAGUGAGUGAGGGUUCAGGCUCAGGGAUUCUUCUUUCCUACUUGGGUGAGUCUGGAUCGAGUUCCUACCUGACAGCAGCUGCAGCCAUUUCACCUGUACUCCUGGGUCAGCUGUGGUUUGAGACAGCCAUGCCUCCCCUGUAUCGCUGGGGAAUAAUGUUUCAGAGGAAAAUGCAGCUCAGCAGAUACUCAAGUUCCUUCAGAGGAGUCCUGGACGUGGGUCAGGCUCUCAGCUGUUCCUCCCUCAGAGACUUUGAGGAAACUCUUCACUGUUGUUCAGCACAACUUCAGCAGAGGGCCCCCAGACCUCCACUAAGCUCUGUAAAUUCUGGACCGAGCUCAGGAUCUCAUUCCUCACAGGGUCUGGCACCCUCAGUGGCCUGGGCACUGGGUGAAAGGGCUCAUCCGGCCAAGGAUUGGGACACCUACUGGGAGAGGAAUGAACCACUCAGAGAUGCAGAUGAGGUGGCAGUCCCUGUGCUCUGUAUCUGCAGCUGUGAUGACCCUCUCCUCCUGGCUGCCUCCUCUUUGCCCCUUUCCCUCUUCCAGAGCAAUCCCUACUUCCUCCUAGUGUUGACAGACCGAGGAGGGCACUGUGGAUUCUCUCUGGAGGGUAAAGAAGACAUGGGGGGAGGUAGGACCGUAAAGGACGAGGUGGAGGAUGGUAACUGGAGUCAUAUCGCAGUUCUGGAGUACUUCAGAGUUGUGGCUGAUUUCCUAAAAUUGGAGGAGAGGGAUGGGGUGAGCUGGGGUGGAGAAUACAGUCAGGUUGCUCAGAGGAGCAAGAUCAGCAGCAUGGCUCCCCCUCGCCGCAGGAGAGCCACCAUGAUGAGGAGGCCAAGACUGCAGGCACCUGAAGAGAGCGGUGUGGAUGCAGAGGAAAACAACUUCACCUGGAAAAGGUCCUACACGCGCUGAAGAGGAGCAGACAUGGGUUAGAGCAGAGCUGGGCAAUUAAUGCAGACAGACACAGAUACGUGCGUCCACACCUAAAUAAUAAAAACGCCAGGCUUUUCAAAAUAAAAGCAACACCGUUGUAUUGCAUGCACGGCAUAAAUACUUGUUCAUUUGCAUUAAUGAUUGACAUACUGUGGCCGGCCUGGGAUGCCCAAAGGGCCGCAUGUGGCCCGCGGGCCGUAAAAUGCCCAGGUCUGAGAAAGAGGGAAAAAGUGCCAAAAAAAAAAAAAAAGUACCAAAGUGCCAGAGGCAGAACAAAGCACAAGCUUUUGCAUACCCUCCAGAGUCUCCCAAAUAUUAAAUAACAUUCAUGUGCAAAUAAAAGUGGAAAAUAAAGCCAGACAAAAAGGGAGAGGAUGUACCUGAUGUACCUCAUGUAAUUUCAUAAUGAAAGCUCCAUUUAAAACCAAAUUUAGUGUCACUUUCUCUGUAACAAAGCAUGUACAUCACUGAUCGAAUGGCUCUGUAGCGGGGUCACCAUGACUUCAGACUUUCAGAAAUUCAGCAAAGGCAACUGGAGAAAAACUGCAGCCAUAACAACUGCAUGGCUGUCGUGCUUGACAGAUACGACCAUAAAAGAUUCAGAAAGGAAUCGAAGAGGCACAGUUCAAGUCAAGAGACCUACCUUAAUUAUACAUAAUUAUAAUUAUAUUAUAGGAAUGUUUUUAAUUAUAGAAAGCAUCUGAAGUGCAGGGGGAAUCAAGCUGCAUUUUGUCAGUAACUACAUAGUGGAUAGAGGACCACAGACAAUUUCAUCAGACAGACUUUGAAAAUGGUAAAAAAGUGAAGAUGAUCAGCCAGCCAGGGGUAAAAAGCUUAUUAGAACCUAUACAGUGAUGAUGAAGAGGCUGAUAUGAGAUCAGCGUCACAUGUAAUACACCUUGCACAGUCACAUUCUCGCCUAAUUAGUUAAUAAGUGGCACAGAUUACUUCUUGUUUUGCUUGUCGAGCAAGCUAAGGGAUACUUUUGCAUCAUUUACUGUUAAUGUGCACUCCAAACAUCGCCCAAGGGAGUGACUUGUCCCAGUCUCUGCCUGUAUGCACCACCCCAACAGGUUGUGACACUCCAGGUAGUUAGUCUAGGAAACAGAAGACACACCUAGUCGAUUUAUAAGAAGCAUCUAUGGAAUAUGAAUUUGAACUUCAGGUUACCUCACAGCUUAGGAAGAAGCAUUGCCUGUGGCUAGAAAACAUAACCCCCAUCUGUAUGGAUAAAAGAAAGAGAAGAAAGCAGCAGGCUAUGCACAAGACCCAAAACUUAAAGAAAACUUACCCCCCAUUGAGGUUGCUUUUAAGCAAUAUGUUUUGAGAGAUGUGGGGUUAGUGCAAAACUGUUCGAAACAUAUAAACAUAUCAUAUACAUACAUAUAAAAUAUUAAAUCUAUUUGUCUUUACCAGCUCAAAUUCAUAAAACCAAUGAAAAUACCUCAGGCUUUUAUCACAAAUAGUUCAAAAC